AUGUCGUCACAAGCCAGUCUGGACGAGAAGAUGCGAGAUGAGAUGGAGGACGAGGGUAACGAGCAAGAAGUAAUGGCGCUUGACAAAGGCCCGGAGAUCAAAGGGGUCACACCCGACACAGACCUGACAUCAAGCGGCUCGGAUUCAGACGCAGACUACGACACCGACCUCGACUGCCACAAAGUCGUUGAGAAAACAGAGACGACGGAUGUCAUUCGAGUGCAGGACUAUCUGGACGCCUGCUCCAGCGCUCAUGCCAUCCCACAGUCUGUGGUUCUUCGUGGACUUGGAAACCGCGACCUGGACCUCAGCCACAGAAACCUGGGCAACCGACAGUUGCUGCCUCUGUUCCAUGCUCUCAAGGACAACAUGCGAGUACAACGCCUGAUCCUGAAGGACGUGGGGCUGGACAAAGAUGGUGUGGACAGUCUGGCGCGAGGCCUCGUGGACAACGUCACACUGUCCUUCCUGAGUCUGGCGGGCAAUCCCAUUGGGAGCGAAGGCCUGUGUCACGUGGUUCGUCUUCUCCAGUCCAACAAAAUCAUCCGGAGCAUCGACUUGAGUGGUAAUGAGACAUCUGUCUCUGUCUCCGUCUCUGUCUCUGUCUCUGUCUCCGUCUCUGGGAGGGACUCGCUGACUACUCGAGGGGGAGGGGAGCGAGGACACGAAUCUGGGUGGCGACGCGGUGCCGUUGUUGUCGCAUCUACUGAUGACCAACACUUCAUUGAGGUUUCUGGACCUGGCGCGCAACCAUCUGGGGAUUCUGGGAUUCGUGCGCUGGCUGCUGCUGCAGGGGAGAACAUGUCUGUGGAAUUUCUCAGGCUGGCCUGGAACCACAUCCGCCUGAGUGGGGCCGCGGCCAUGGGGCAGUGCAUCGCAGUCAACAGACGUCUGCGCAUGCUCGACCUGUCCUGGAAUGGCCUCGGGUACCAAGGCGCAGUGGCCCUGGCGCGCAGCCUCCCUCACAACACAGAGCUGCGAGAACUCGACAUCUCCAACAACCGCAUCGACUGGAAGGGGGCGCAGGUCCUGGCGGGUGGAUUGGCCAAAAACUCCACCCUAAAGACCCUUCGACUGGGCUUCAAUCCUCUCACAACGACGGGUGCAAUGGACCUGGUGGAAGCUGCGUCUACACCAGGGUGUGGACUGCGACUGCUGGACCUCACAAACGUUCCUGUCAUCGCCGAGACGGACAUGAUGGCGGCCUCUCUCCAACUGACCCGCGGCUUUCGUCUGAUCCAUGGUGGUGUCGUCUUCAUUCACGACAUUUUGGGACAAAGAGUGGAGCGGGAGCAGACGCCGAUGGAGAAGCUGCUGUCACACAUGCGGCACCGCAUGAUACGGCCUCUGGAGAUGCUGCGUGAGUUCGACAAGAGCGGCACCGGGCACCUGUCUCAGAAGGACUUUGCCAUGAGGCUCAAGAGGGCAAACGUACCUCUCCAUGACUUCGAGAUCGCCGCCCUCACCACGUCCAUCGCUGAGCUGCAGGUGGACGGCAACAGGAGGAUCAAUUACUCGGCGCUGAUGGAGUCGAUCGAGAAGCACAUAUUGCAGGACCGCACGCGCCGAUGGCGAGAGAAAAUGAUCCAGGCACGCGCGCGUGAGUACAACACGCGUAUUCUGGAAGAUGGUAAACCCUUGUACUGGUCGUGGGAUGCAUCGACCGCCACGGCCACCUCCACCCCGAUGGAUGCUGCUCUCAUCUCCAUGUCCUCCCUUGUUUCCAGUAAACCAAGCGUCGCAGCAGGGUCCGCGGCGAGCGCUUCACCUCUGACCUUUGCAGCCUACCUUCACAAGAUGAAGCAGGUGCAAACAGCCGACAGGUUCCCCAAGCUCAAAAACCGAGCAGACUUCACUAUGGCUGCACCACUUGAUGAGAUUGGACGGAAGAAAAAACGAGUCAAAAAGAUGAAAUCUCGGAUCAGAGCAAUGCCAGCGGUACGGGAGACCACUACGUUAGUGGGAAUGCACAGAGAGUAAGCAAGGGCAACACGACGAAAGGAGAAGCGAACUAGAAAGGUCAAAUCCUGGAUCAGAGCUGUACAACAAGGGAGGCCACUGCUGUAGUACUGUAAACAAAGACGCUGAAAACAUGGAUUGCUUCCCCUGGACUGCUAGGCGCUCACCUGGGUGUCGGCUUUGAUCCCGGCAGGAAGUCGGCGACACAAACAACAAACAGUGAAUGGAAACCUAAGGUUUCAUGUGUGACUCACCCGAUCAGGUGAUUCGGGUGGAUGAAAACGACUUGAUCAGACUGUUUCUAUGUUUUCUAACGGCCAUUUUCUUACCUUCCGUAAAGUAAAUAAAUAAAACAGAGCUAGAUGUCAUCAUUCACGCAUACGCACGCGCACACAAACACCAACGAAAAUGCUCAUUAGAUCCCUUGAAUAAAAAAAAGUAAUCAUUAUGUCACACAUGUUCACUCAUUCAUGAGAGUGUCUCUCUCUCUCACACACACACACACACGCACGGGCACUUCAAAUAAUUAUUUUUUAAAAUAUUAUCUUCUUAUAAUAAACGUUAAUUGUGCAUUUCUUGUGAAACUUGCUUAUUUAUUCGUAUUUUUAUUUAUCAUUUAUUAUUUUUUAGUUGAAGUUAUUUUAUGUGUGCAUUGCUGUUACUGUCCAGUAAUG